AUGGGGCUGCCGCAGUUACAGUCAGAGGAGGUGAUAGGUUGGCCAACAUUGAUUGGUCGCUGUACAAUUUCCUGUUUCUCCGUUUUGAUCACUCAGUCCGCUCUCUUUCUGGUUCCUCUCUUCUUCGCAGCCGCCCCAAUCCUCAUUCAGCUCACAAUCUCAGCUUUAGUUUUGCUGGCAGUCGUGGGAUUUGGGGGUUGGUGUAGGCGUCUUCAUGGAUUCCAUGCAUCAGCUCCAGCUUUUGUUUUCUUCAAUAUAUUUUUUUUCUGGGGUGUUUAUAUUGCUAUUAUUCGACAAGCAAUUUCACGUUUUGUGGACAUUGUGUUCAAUAUAGAGAUGAUCAUGCUCAUCAUUGGUCUAUUUAGGAUAAUGGUAAAGGAUCCUGGUUUUGUGGCACAGGAGUCUGUUUGUUUGGACGUACUUGAUGAAAGUUCUGUUCUUGGUGUUCAAACUCACAAUGAGAGCUUUCUUUUGCAAAUGAGAGUAAGAUACUGUAAGAGCUGCAAGACAUAUGUACAGGCGUUUGACCACCACUGCCCUGCUUUUGGGAACUGUAUCGGUCAGAAGAAUUAUGUCCUCUUCAUGGUUCUUCUUGUUGGAUUUAUUACUACUGAAACGUUUUACGCUGUUUGCUCAUCCCAGUUCACCACAAAAUUUCCAGUUUUGGAAGGAAAUAAAUUGGGGACUAAUCCCAUCUUGGUGAUUGCAAGAAGCACAUUGCUAUUUUCUCUUCUCCAAGUGCCAUGGCAGGGGCUGUUUCUGAUCUGGCAUGUCUAUUGCAUAUGUUUCAAUAUCAGAACUGAAGAGUGGGUAAACUGGAAGAAGUAUCCAGAGUUCCAACUUAAUGCUUCAUCCUUACCAGGAGAGAAUUAUCAUGAGUUUACAAAUCCGUAUGAUAAAGGAAUCCUACAAAAUGUCAAGGAGUUUUUAACAUCUAAAUGAUAGAAGUGUUACUGCCCAUCUUUCUCCAGGACCUUCCUAGCUGGUUGUCCCUUCCAUGCUUAGUAGCUGCUUUGUCUUUGGGGACAGUCCUUGCAUGCAUGUAGAACAUUUCGGUAUUUAGUUUGACAGCAAGUGCCUUCAAGAGGUCGAUUAGGGGUCAUUG